AUGGAGCUGAGUCCAAUAAGUGCCUCGCUAGGUGCCUUGCGCUCCCUUCCACGGAAGCUCGAUGAGCUCCUGGCGACCAAGCACCGGACUCUGCGGGGGAUUGUGAUGGACGAGAUCGAGCAACUCACAGCUGAUCUUCGCAUCCAGUACAGCUUCAUGCUGGUGCUCUCAACUGCGCAGGACCCUCCUAUGAGUGCGAGGUACUGGAUGAGGGACGUGCGCGAGCUUUCCUAUGACAUGGAGGACUUUGCCGACCAAUUCAUCCAGGCUCAUGGCCGUUCGAAGAUUUUUUCUUUAAAGAGAAGGCAUCAUGCUCAUGGCCGUGCCAAGAUCCGUAGAGCUAUUUUGCGCAAGCUUAUUUAUCGGAUGAAAGACAUGUGCGAGCCGUCCUAUGACAUGGUGAAAUUUGUUGACCAAUUCAUCCAUGCUCAUGGCCGUGCCAAGAUCCGGCGAGCUACUUGCCGCAAGCUUGUUUCUCGGCUCAAGAUUAGCCGCCUUCCAGGCAGGCGGAGGUGGCGCUCAUGGAUCACCAACAUGGUCUCGGAAUUCAGGACUCGAGCGCAGGAGGCGACUCGGCGAUGCCAGAGGUACAAGUUGGAUGAUUGCGUCUCCAAUUCUGGAUAUUCUCGUGUUGGCCAUGAGCUUCCAACUAUGUUGCAAGAUCCUAGUGAUCUUGUUGGCAUAGAAGACGCGAUGGAUGAGCUUGAACGAUGGUUGACCGAUGGAAAAAAGCCCCUCAAGGUGGCGUCCAUCGUCGGUGUCGGGGGAAUCGGUAAGACCACUCUUGCCCAAAAAUUGUGGGGUAAACUCCAUGUACAAUUCGAGUGUGGGGCAUUUGUGAGGACAGCCCAAAAGCCCGAUAUGAGGGGUAUUCUCAGGAACAUACUCUUGCAAGUUCGCCCCCACCAACCACCGAACGCUGGAGAGAUGCACCACCUGAUCAACGACCUUAGACAAUACCUACAAGGCAAGAGGUAA